CCCUCCGGGCCGGCAGGGGGCGGCCGAGGCUGACCGGGGGACGGCCAUGGCCGUGCUGCUGGAGACCACGCUGGGCGACCUGGUGAUCGACCUGUACACGGAGGAGCGGCCCCGCGCUUGUCUGAAUUUUUUGAAGCUCUGCAAAGUCAAGUAUUACAACUAUUGUCUUAUUUAUAAUGUCCAGAGGGAUUUUAUUAUACAAACCGGUGACCCCAUGGGAACUGGCCGUGGAGGGGAAUCCAUAUUUUGUCAGCUGUAUGGUGAUCAAGCCAGAUUUUUUGAGGCAGAAAAAGUGCCGAGAAUUAAGCACAAGAAAAAGGGAACCGUGUCAAUGGUGAACAAUGGCAAUGAUCAGCACGGAUCACAGUUUCUUAUUACCACAGGGGAAAACCUGGAUUACCUUGAUGGUGUGCAUACAGUAUUUGGAGAAGUGACAGAAGGCAUGGAUGUAUUGAAGACAAUCAAUGAAGCCUUUGUAGAUAAGGAUUUUAUCCCCUAUCAAGAUAUCAGGAUAAAUCAUACAGUGAUUUUAGAUGAUCCAUUUGACGAUCCACCAGGCUUAUCUGUUCCUGAUCGCUCACCAGAACCUACUAAGGAGCAGCUAGAUAGUGGCAGAAUAGGAGCGGAUGAAGAAAUUGAUGACUUGAAAGGAAGGUCUGCAGAUGAAAUAGAGGAAGUUCAGGCAGAAAAAGAAGCAAAAACUCGUGCUAUUCUUUUGGAAAUGGUGGGAGACUUACCAGAUGCAGAGAUCAAGCCACCAGAAAAUGUGCUGUUUGUUUGUAAACUGAAUCCUGUGACCACAGAUGAAGACCUAGAGAUAAUAUUUUCACGAUUUGGUCCCAUUAAAAGCUGUGAAGUGAUUAGAGACUGGAAGACUGGUGAAUCACUUUGUUACGCUUUCAUUGAGUUUGAAAAGGAGGAAGAUUGUGAGAAAGCCUACUUCAAAAUGGACAAUGUGCUGAUAGAUGAUAGACGGAUACAUGUGGAUUUUAGCCAGUCUGUUGCAAAGAUCAAGUGGAAGGGAAAAGGUGGGCGGUAUACCAAGGAUGAUUUCAAAGAGUAUGAAAAGGAACGGGACAAACCUUCAAAAUUUGCUCUGAAAGAGAAGGUAAAACCAAAGCAGGAUGCCAAGUAUGACCUUGUGCUGGAUGAUGAUAUAGAAGAGUCUCAAACAAGUCAGUCACACUUGGCUAAAAAAACAAAAAAGAAAAAGCAUCACCACUCUGAAGACGAAGAGGAUGACAAGAAGACCAAAAAAUCUAAGGAUUCUGAUCGAAGACAUGAAGGAGAACGCUGCAGAGAGAAGAUAAAGAGUGAGAAGAAAGACAGACAUCGGAGUCGCAGCCGAUCUCAAGAGAGAGACUACACUUCCAGCAAACAAAGAGACAAAUACAAAGACGACUACCGAAUGAGAGACUGGGAUAAAAAAGCAGAUAGAAGCAGAAGUCCUAAGAAAUCAAAAGACAAAGAGAGAUCCAAGUACAGAUGAAGGACAAGAAAAAACGGGAGGAGUAUUAGGAUGUGUUUUCUUCCAGCGUUUCCAACAUUCUCUGAACUGGACAUGCAGUUACUGGAUAAAAGCUGUUGCCUUCUGUUGACAGCAUGGCUUUACAAUUCUAUGAAUGACCAGCGUAUGACACUCAGAAUAAACUUUGAUUCCAGAAGGGUUGUUUCAGUAAAGUAUUUCUUUAUUGUAUUUCUUUAUCGGUUUGAGUCUCCAAUAAGGAUUGUUGUCUAAAGCUUUUUGGGAACAUAAGCAUGCAUCACUAACAAGUGAAUUGCCCUUCUUCACUGUGAAGAGAUUUGCAGGGUGUACCUCCUUUCUACGAAGAGCUUAUAUUUAUCUUUCAGCAUUUUCACGUGCUAUGGUAAUGAGUGUGAUUGGAGACCUGGGGAGACAGAAAUGUAUUGUGCAAGCUCCUUCCAGGCAGUGGCCAGAUACCAUUUGGGUACAAAUACUCAAAACUCUCUUUCCUUCCUUUAAAAUUAAGUGCUUCUGGUUGGUUUAGUUCUGUCAGCUGUUUGCUGGCACCACUGUGCAGCAGUGUUUAAAGGCACUGGAGUAAGUCUGUGCUGAUUGCAAGGGCGAUGAAAGUGCUGCGCCGUACUACAUCAAUAGCACUUCAUUGCUCACUGACACACGUAACCUGGUGAUGUGGUAUUGCUGGAGGAUGCCUCUCAAAAGCGCGAUUCACUUGAUGCUUGGUCUGUUUCACCUUUGCAGUGUCAGGGAGAUGCAGCUGCUGUAGUGUCAGGCAGCUUAUUUCAGGUGGGUUAAAAAGAAGAGAAUAGUAAUUAGCAGAAUAAGCAGAAAACUAGAAUUAGUAAUUUGUGUUGUGUUUGCCAAAACCUAAAUGGGAUUAAUUUUCAGGUUUCGUGGCAGAAGUAGGUCAGUUAAUAAUUUUGUCUACAGAGGAAUGCAGGUGAUGUUGUCAGAGCCUGGAUCUCGGUGAAAGUUGGCAGGCUCUUAAAUGUCUGGCUUCCUCUGAUAAACAAGUCCUUGCCACAUAAACAGUGCUAGCCAGUAUGCAUACAUAUUAAGAACAACUAUGUCCUCUUUAUCUCCAGAGGAGAGAUCUGUCAUUGUUAUGAAGGGAGGGAAAACAUGGGGAAUGGUAUUUUUCUUGUCUUCCCUUUGCUUCCUUGGAAUGUUUGAUGGCUUGCAGGCGAUCUACUUUGAUGAAUAAAUGUAA